AUGGAGGAGCAGAUUGUUUCCGCAGUCGAAAUUGCCUGGAGCCCUACGUCCGAACAAAACCUUCGUAUACAGGCCACCGAGUAUUGUAGCCAACUCCGAAAUGAUCCAUCUGCCUGGCAGCCUUGCUUAUCCAUUUUCACUAAAACUCCUCGUUAUCCUGAUGUCGUGCGCAUAUUUGGUCUUGAAAUUGUGAACACCGGAAUACAGACGGGAAUACUUGAUAAACAAGUCCUGACUACCAUCAAAGACCAGCUCUUGGAAUACCUGCGCAGGCUUUAUCUUGCUGAUGAGGGCUCUGCUUUCGAUACCACCUCAAUACAGAACAAAACCGCACAGACCUUGACAUAUCUCUUUUCUACGUCAUAUGGCAAUGAGUGGCGGACAUACUUUGACGAUGUUCUCCAGUUGGCAAGCAAAACGCAAAAUGGACCACCAGACAAUGCUUCUGGCACUAUUUUCUACCUCCGAACCAUUAAUGCUAUCCAUGAAGAGAUUGGUGACCAAUUGGUUCCGCGGUCGAGAGCAGAGCAAGACCAUGCAAACAUUCUAAAAGAUAUGGUUCGUGAAAGGGACGUGCAGAAGAUUGCGGUGUCCUGGCAAGAAAUCUUGACUCAAUGGCGCGAAAGUAAUGAUUUAAUUGCUGAGCUGUGUCUGAAGGCGGUGGGCAGGUGGGUGAGCUGGAUAGAUAUUGGCUUGGUGGUCAAUCAGCGAAUGCUAGACCUUCUAUUCGAACAACUCGCUCGUGCCCAGAAGACCAACCUGCGAGAAGGCGAAGAGUCCAUCCGCGAUGCAGCAGUCGACGUCUUCACCGAGAUCAUUGGCAAGAAGAUGAAAGCACAGGACAAGCUGGAAAUGAUUUCGUUUCUCAACCUUGAAACUAUUGUGUCCCAGCUCAUUGCAUGCCCACCAUUAAGCGAGAGGCGAUUUAGCUCCCAGUACGACACUGACCUCGCCGAAACAGUGGCCAGGCUUGUUAACAACACGGUUCUGGACGUGGUCAAGAUCCUUGACUCAGAGCCCCAAGAGAGCCAAACCUGGCAAAGAGCCGAGAAUCUGUUGCAGGCAUUCCUACCACAUGCUCUUCGCUUCUUCGCAGACGAGUAUGAUGAGGUCUGCUCCACUGUAAUUCCUUGUCUUAGCGAAGUUCUCAGCUUCCUACGCAAAGCUGCCAAGAUUGAGGGGCCCUCUCCGCAGCGUACGGUUAUGCUCCUCCCUAUAUUGAAGGCAAUCUUUACUAAGAUGCGUUACGACGAUACGUCAUCCUGGGGCGGCGAUGAAGACGAGACCGAUGAGGCUGAGUUUCAAUACCUGCGGAAACGCUUGGGUACGCUGCAGCAGACGAUUGCAGCAGUCGAUGAACAGCUCUACAUGGAUGCGGUGACAAAUCUCGUGGGUCAGACAUUCGCAAAUCUAGGUACCCAAGGCACGAACGUGGACUGGAGGGAUUUGGAUCUCGCUUUAUGCGAAAUGUUCUCCUUUGGAGAUCUCGCUAUCAAGUCAGGUGGACUGUAUCAAAAGAAUCGACCUAAUUCUCCCGCGGCUGAGAAGCUUGUACAGAUGAUGUUGAGACUGGUCGAAUUAGACAUUCGAUACUUCAAUCAUCCGGCCACCCAGCUUCAAUAUAUGGAACUCUGUGUACGCUAUUGCUCAUUUUUUGAGAAACAUACCCAAUAUAUCAACCCUGUUCUCCAGAACUUCCUCCAGCUUGUUCAUCAUCCAUCGAUCAAGGUUAAGACACGGUCUUGGUAUCUUUUUCAGCGCUACGUACGAUACCUUCGAUCGCACAUAGGCAACGUCGCCGAAACUGUCAUUGACAACCUCACCGACCUGCUUCCCAUCCAAGCCGAAAUCCCUGAAGAAGAGGAAGCAGAUGAAGCAUCUUCUGAAGACCAUGAUUCGACGGCAGAUGCAGUCUUCAACAGCCAGUUGUACCUCUUCGAGGCUAUUGGGUGCAUAUGUGGGGCUUCUUCUGUCCCUACCGAUAGGCAAGUCCUGUAUACUCAAUCUGUUAUGAGACCAGUCUUUGCGGACAUGGAACAACAUCUGCCGGGGGCAAAGGCAGGCGACGAACGUGCUGUGCUGCAAGUUCGCCAUGACCUGAUGGCGCUUGGAACACUGGCAAGAGGUUUCUCUGACUGGACUCCCGGUAGCGCUUCGGCUGCACCUGGCUCGCCUCCAUGCCCUGAAGUUCAAAGCGCCUUUGCACGUGUAUCAGAAGCAACGCUUGUGGCGUUAAAAUCGCUGAGGACUUCGUUCAACAUCCGCACAGCGGCUCGUUUCGCAUUUUCUCGCCUUAUUGGUGUAUUAGGCUCUCACAUACUGCCCCAGCUGCCAGAAUGGAUCGAAGGAUUGCUGACCGAGACGUCAACGAAAGAUGAAAUGGCCCUGUUCCUACGUCUGCUAGAACAAGUGAUAUUUGGGUUCAAGAACGAGAUCUCGGUUAUACUGGAUGAACUCUUCACACCCCUUCUGCAGAGAGUGUUUACUGGCCUUUCCGAGCCUUCGACCGGAACAGAUGAUGAAAUUCAGAUUGCGGAGCUCAAGCGAGAAUAUCUCAACUUCCUCAUUAUUAUUCUGAACAACGAUCUUGGUUCUGUGAUCGUCAGUGCCACCAAUCAGCCCUUUUUUGGAACACUGGUUGGGACCAUCGAACAUUUUGCGAAGGACGCUGAAGAUUCACACACAGCAAAGAUGGCUUUUCAAGUGCUAUCAAAUAUGUGCUCAGUCUGGGGUGGGCCCGAGGCCGUUGGGGAUUCAGCUCGAGGCUCCGCGAUAGCUUUGCCCCAACCUUCAUUACCCGGUUUUGACCGUUUCAUGAUGACACGAUUCUCGCCUCUCUGCUGGGCGAUUCCGUUGAAUCGUGGUUUCAAUCCAAAAGAUGCACAGGCGAGACAAGUGCUGGCCGAAGCUGCCGGCCUGCAGAAAACAAUCUACCUCAAGACCGGUCAAGAAUAUCUUUCUUGGCUGAAAGAUAAUGAACUGAGGAAUAUGGGAAUGAACGAGGACAUGAUCAAUGAGUAUCUCCGAAACUUGGUCGAGUUGGAUCAGCGGGCCUUCAAGAUUUUCUUUCAAAACUUCAUUACGAAAGGCGGUACAGCAUGA